AUGGCAGCCUCAACCCCCAAGAUCGCCAUCAUCGGUGCCGGCCCAACAUCCCUCACCCUCGCCGCCAUCCUCCACCGCAACAACAUCCCCUACACCAUCUACGAAGCCGCACCGGUCCUCAGACACCAAGGUGGCACGCUCGAUCUGCACCCUCAGUCCGGCCAGCAGGCCCUACGCGAAGCCGGCCUUUGGGACCAGUUUGUCAAGUAUGCAAGGCCCGAAAGCGAUUGUAUGAAGCUGGUCGACCUGGAUAGUGGGGAAGUGUUCUGGGAUGAGAACGCGGGCGAUGGACAGUCCGGAAAGGAGACGGAAAGAGGCGUCGAGGACUCGUUGAAAGGACGCCCAGAAAUCGAUCGGGAGUGGCUGAUGAAGAUCACCUAUGGGGCGCUGCCGGCGGGGAGCGUGAAAUGGGAGACGAAGUUGAAGGAGGUAUCGCCAAACUCAUCCGAUCCGAAGAAACACGACCUGCACUUCGCAGAUGGGUCGAAGGAAGAGGGCUUUGACCUCGUCAUCGGAGGCGACGGCGCGUGGUCGAAAGUGCGGAACCUUCUCACCGAUGUAAAACCACAGUACUCCGGCAUAUCGGCCGUCGAGCUCUGGCACAACGACGUGCAGAGCGAGCCGUGGCUGUUGAACUACGUCGGCGCAGGAUCCUGCUUUUCGUUUGCGGAAGGCAGCGCAAUCCUCUCGCAGCGACAGGGCGACGGGAGCCUGCGCACGUACGCGUGUCUUCGCGUACCCGAGACAUUCAUCGCUGACUGCGGCAUCGACUGGGAGAGCGAGGACACCGCGCGCACGCAGUUCAUUGAGCGCUACUUCAAUCACGUAUCGCCGGAUCUGCAGCGCCUGCUCGCUUUGUCAAAAGACAAGCUAACGCCCCGCGCCCUCUAUGAACUGCCGAUCGGGUUUUCGUACCCUCACCUCGAGGGCGUCACAUUGAUUGGGGAUGCUGCACACGUCAUGACGCCGUUCGCGGGUGUGGGCGUGAAUGUUGGUAUGACGGAUGCGCUAGUGCUGGCUAGGGAGCUCAUUGAGAGUUGUAAAGGGGAUAAGAGCUUGGACGACGCGGUCAAAGCAUACGAGGAAGAGAUGUGGCCGCGAGCGAAGAAGUACAUGGAGAAGACGGCAAAAGGGAAGGAGAGGCAUUUUCGGGCGGGAGGGUCGAAGGAGAUGGCGGAUAUGUUGAAAGCGUUCCAUGCGGGGCAGACGCCGGAGUAA